AUGGGCCAAGUCGUAUCCUGCGCAACUUUCAUUUCGCCUCGACCACUAUUUUCACCAAUCAAAACCGACGACCACUACUUAGAAGAUCUAAAGGAAUUUCGCCGCAAGAAGCUGUUCUUCAAACUUGAUCGCCGGAACUACACCAUCGAGCUCGAGUUCCUGUCCUACCUUGAUGCCGAGAACCCUCGGAGCUCGAUCGUGGCUGGCGACCCCAAGGAGGGCCCGUACGCGUACUCCGGCCAGAGCUUCGCCGCGUGCAAGUACACCAACUGCCCGAUCCACGCCAACGUCGCCUCCACCUACGUAUACCAUUUCCAGACACUCGCCUCUGACUUCAACUACCUCACCUUCAAUGUCACCAACGACUUCUUCGGCCCCAGUCUGUUCUGCGCCGGGACGCCCAUCAACUUCCAGCAACAGCCUUGA